CACCUCCCCCUGCCACCUGGCGGUCACACACGAUUUGAGUUCACUCAUCACACGCUGAAUGGGCAACCGCCGAUUCGCCCGAAUCACAACUAGUGACGACGAAGACGAAGCCCAGCCCCCCUCUCGAUUCCAUUCCCCGGAAAUGGAGAGGCAGCAACCCAAGCAGCGGAGGAGGAAGAAGAUCAAGCUCCCAGAGGAGGAAGAGGAGAGGGAGAAGGAGACGCAGAGCGGGGACGAGGAGGCACCCCAGGAGGACGCCAAGCCGAUUGGAGACGCCGUUAGGGUUUCGGGUAAGGGGAGAGGAAGGAGGAGCCACUACGAGGCUUUCGAGUUCGAUGGAAACCGAUACGAUCUGGAAGAUCCUGUGCUUUUAGUUCCUGAGGAUGAAAAGCAAAAGCCUUAUGUGGCAAUUAUUAAGGACAUUACUCAGACUAGAGAGGGAAGCAUUAUGGUAACUGGACAGUGGUUUUAUCGUCCUGAGGAGGCUGAGAAAAAAGGAGGUGGAAGCUGGAAAUCAAGUGAUACAAGGGAGCUGUUUUACAGUUUCCACCGUGAUGAGGUUCCAGCAGAAUCUGUAAUGCACAAAUGUGUGGUGCAUUUUGUUCCUUUAAAUAAGCAACUCCCAAAUCGUAAACAGUUUCCUGGUUUUAUUGUUCAAAGGGUAUAUGACACAGUGGAGCGGAAACUUUGGAGGCUGACUGAUAAAGACUAUGAAGAUAACUUGCAACAUGAAGUUGAUCUUCUUGUUCAGAAAACUCGAUCCCGUUUGGGGGAACUUUUUGACAUUGAAAUUGAAGAAGUUGUAGCUGAGCAGGAAGAUCAGACGAAAUCCAAAAGGACUCUCAGAAAAAAGAAUAUGUCACCUCUUGAUGUUACAAGGGAUGAUGAAGCAACAACCAGAUUUGACCAACAUUUAAAGCCAGAAACACCAGGGAGCUGUACAAGUAACAUGUCGGAAUACUACACUAUUUUAGUGAACUUUAAGGCAUUAACGGGAGAAACUCAUCGUGACAAAUGGCUGGAGAAGCUUCUUCAAGGAAUUCAGUCAGUGUGCUGUUCUGAUGAUGAUGUGCACAGAGAUGAUAAAGAAAAAGGUGGAUCUGGUGACAGUGAUCAUGCAAGUGAUAAUAACCGCACAGAAACUGCACAUGGAUCUGAUGCAAAGAGUCUUACUGCUGGCAGAUCUUUUAUCUGGCCAGAUGCUGCUGUUCCAGCAGUGACUGCUCUUGAGCAAGCAUCACAAGAUGCUUUUUCUUCAGAUUUCCAGAAGUACAACCAAAAAAUGCGACAGUUGGUGUUCAAUCUCAAGAACAAUCCACUAUUAGCCAGGCGUCUACUAAAUGGAGAAUUGGAACCUUCAAAAAUACUAAACAUGUCACCUAAUGAGUUAAAGGAGGGUUUAACGGCAGAAGAAACAGCAAAGAAGGAGCCUGAGGAGUUGAAGCGAAUGCAGAUGACCGAUGCUCGCUGCAAAAGAUGCCAGGAAAGAAAAGUGGGUGUAACAGACAUCAUCCAUGCAGGAAAUGCAGACCGCUACCAGUUGGAGUGCAUUGCCUGCGGUAACAACUGGUAUGCUCCCAGAGAUGAGAUUUCCACAUUAAAUGAUGGUCCAAGUUCUGCCAGGAGUGUGGGUACAGCACCAUGGGCCACUGCCAAGUUUGAAGAUGUUGAGAAGAAGCUAGUGAGUCCCCGUGAAUCUGAGAAGCUGGAAGCCUUGAAGAAAACAACUGAACCAUACAUGCCAGUCUUGGACUCCCAGAAAUCAUUCGGCAAGCCUAAAAACGAAGACAACCCUGCAUCUGCUAAAACUAGUGACAAUUCUGGAUCUACUAAGGUUACAGAGUAGGAUUUGCAGCUGAUGCUUUGUAAUUUUAUGUCAAUAGUCAGGCAACUGGUAAGAAUGCACCAGGUUGAUGCUCAAGGUUGGUGUGUCUUGGUGCUUUCCUAGGGUUCUCUUGUACAUGCAAUAUAACUAGGCUCCCUUCUCAACUUGUAUAACAAAUGUCGGCCUGUCUAAAAUGCUUACCACCAGUAAGGCUAAUUCCGGAUAUUAUACAAGUUAAACCUCAAAGGCAGCCAUUAGAUUCAGGAUAUGAUCAAAGAGAAUAAUACCAUGGGAGAGUUGAUUCUCUUUGCCAACAGUUGGGUCUUUGUCUAUUUUAUAUUUUGCUUUGUUCUUUGUUCA